AUGGCGGUUGAACCCCCGAAUCCUAGCAGAGAUAGGUAUUCCGGUGGAAGUUAUCCCUACUCUGAUAAAGGCGAGGAAGGAAGUAACGGCGAAGCAUUAUCACCGUAUCUGGAGAAAGUAGAACGUGUGUCUGAUAUUAAAACAGAAAAUAUAGAGGGAGAAGAAAAGUAUCUAACUGUUAUAAAGGCAGAAGAUAUAGAGGGAGAAGAGAUGUAUCUAACUGUUAUAAAGGUAGAAGAUACAGUGGAAGAAGAAGAGACGUAUGUGACUGAUAUGAAGGCAGAAGAUAUAGGGGGAGAAGAAGAGACGUAUAUGAAGGGUGAUAAGCAGUGUAAGGAGGAGGAGAUCCCUACAGUUAUCAGCACAGAUGGACACACACUCAGGAAUAUCUCAGAAGGACAUCUAAUGUUAUCCCCGGAUUGUGACAUAAAAGAUAAUGACAGUAGACAGGAUUCUCCAGGAGCUACUCCCAUUACCCCAAUGAUACAUCCAGCUCUAUCAGCUGAUCCCCCUGAUCCUGGAGAAUGUUCUCCUGAUCACUCUGAUAUUGGUGCAUCUGUUACAGCUCUGACAGUAGGUACAGUGUUUCCCUGUUCUGUUGAUGCCAAAUGUUUUACACAGAACACAAAACUUAUUACCCAUCAGCCAGCUAAGGCAGGUGAGAGGCCAUUUCCAUGUUCUGAGUGUGGGAAAUGUUUUACACAGAAAUCAGGUCUUGUUACACAUCAGAGAAGACACACAGGUGAUAGGCCAUUUCCAUGCUCUGAGUGUGGGAAAUGUUUUAUCUGGAAAUCAGAACUUGCUAAACAUCAGCGAAGUCACACAGGUGAGAAUCCAUUUCCAUGUUCUGAGUGUGGGAAAUGUUUUACAUACAAAUCACAUCUUGUUAUACAUCAGAGAAGGCACACAGGUGAGAGGCCAUUUUCUUGCUCUGAGUGCGGGAAAUGUUUUACCUGGAAAUCACAACUUGUUACACAUCAGCGAAGUCACACAGGUGAGAAUCUAUUUCCAUGUUCUGAGUGUGGGAGAUGUUUUACAAUCAAAUCAUGUCUUGUAAAACAUAAGAGAAUACAUACUGGUGAGAAACCAUAUUCCUGUUCUGAGUGUGGGAAAUGGUUUACAUACAAAACUACUCUUGAUGCACAUAAGAGAAGUCACACAGGUACAUCACCAUUUCCAUGUUCUGAGUGUGGGAAAUAUUUUGCACAGAAAUCACAACUUGCUAGACAUCAGAGAAGUCACACAGGUGAGAGGCCAUUUCCAUGUUCUGACUGUGGAAAAUGUUUUGCACGGAAAUCACACCUUGUUACACAUCAGCAAAGUCACACAGGUCAGAAGCCAUUUCCAUGUCCUGAGUGUGGGAAAUGGUUUGCACAGAAAUCAGGUCUUGUUAAACAUCAGAGAAGUCACACAGGUGAGAAUCCAUUUCCAUGUCCUGAGUGUGGGAAAUGUUUUGCACGGAAAUCAGAUCUUGUUAUACAUAACAGAAGUCACACAGGGGAGAAUCCAAUUUCUUGCUCUGUGUGUGGGAAAUUGUUUGCACAGAAAUCAGAUCUUGUUAAACAUCAGAGAAGUCACACAGGUGAGAAGCCUUUUUCUUGCUCUGAGUGCGCAAAAUGUUAUACUCGGAAAUCACAUCUUAUUAUACAUAUGAGAAGUCACACAGGUGAGAGGCCGUUUCCAUGUUCUGAGUGUGAGAAAUGUUUUGCACACAAAUCAGAUCUUGUUAUACAUAACAGAAGUCACACAGGGGAGUAUCCAAUUUCUUGCUCUGAGUGUGGGAAAUGUUUUAAACGGAAAUCAGAACUUGUUAUACAUCAAAGAAGUCACACAGGUGAGAAGCCAUUUCCAUGUUCUGAGUGUGAGAAAUGUUUUGCACUCAAAUCAACUCUUGUUAGACAUCAGCAAAGUCACACAGGUGAGAAGCCAUUUUCUUGCACUGAGUGUGGGAAAUGUUUUGCACACAAAUCACAUCUUGUUAGACAUCACAAAAGUCACACAGGUGAGAGGCCAUUUCUUUACUCUGAGAAAUAAAUCAGCUCUUGUUGCACACAAUAGACCACUCAGGUGAGGAGCCAUUUUAAUCUUCUGGAGUAUAGUUAUCAUUGCCAUGCAUUGUUCUUCAAGGUUCUUAUCCUAUCUCCUAUGCUUUUUGCAAUAUACAUGCUACCGCAGGGUGAAAUAAUCAGAUGCCAUGUCCUCAUCUACCACUGCUAUGCAGAUGACCUGUCUCUUGCUCCGGGUAACCCAGUACCAAUCCUAAAUGGUUGUGUAGCUGAGCUCCAGGUGUGGGUGAUGCCAGUUGGCUGUGAUUCAGUUCUGGUGAAACAUGUCCUUCUGAUAGAAGCUCACCAACAAAGGGCAGGGCUACAGCUCAGCUUUGUUACCAACCAGACUUAUGCUUGUGUGUUCAGAGUUACAAAAUGCUGAUCAUGUGCGUAAUAUUGGUGUCCUGGAAGGCGGAGUGACACUUAGACAUCAGUUAUCAGCCACAAUCAGAUCCUCAUCUGAGGAACAUAGCCAGACUCCAGCACUUAUUUCCCUCAGAAGAUCUACCUACAGUCAUACAUGCACUUGUAUCAUCACACAUAGACUACUGCAAUGUGCUCUACCUGGGUCUCCCAGCAAAAGAAUUGCACCGCUUGUAGCUUGUACAGAAUGCAGCAGCCAGGCUGUUACCUAACCAGCCGGUUCCUGCCACAUAACACCCAUUCUCUGCUCCCUUCACCGGCUGCCUGUAAGAUGGUGACUCUGUGCCUAAUUCAGGUUGGAUUGCAGUGUGCGAUCCAAAUGGAAUUAUUGAGGAAAAAGUUGCGGGCUCAUCCUGCGCAUGCACCUGCAUUUUCUGUCGAGGGGCCGCAGAAAAUGCGAUUGCCUGUCAGGCAGACGCAGUCAUGGGUGGGCGGGCAAUGCUCCAUUUCCAGGAAGGAGACUGAUCCAUGUGGCGCGAACGAAGGGCAGAGGCAGACAAACAGGCAUGAUCACGGUGGCUGUGUGACAUCACAUGCAGCCACCAUGAUUGAGAAGAAUGCGGCAGGCCUCCUGAAGGUGCAGCUAUGAUGCGGCAGCAGGAGGCUUCACUAACUUCUACGAUGAAGCAGAAAUUGUGAGGCAAUCGCAUUUUCUGCUUCAUCAGGUGUGAGGCGGCGGUCAGCAUGCUAGGUGGCCUUGCCCUGUGAUGGGCGGCCCCCAGCGCGCUAGGUAAAGGAUUGCUAAUUCUGCUGAUUAGCAGCAUCUGCAAUCCUUACUGAAUUAGGCCCGCUAUUAAAUAAUCUUACUGACUCUCCCAGCCUUGCAUGACCAUGGUACCAGAAGCAGCUUCUGCCUCCGUACUGCCCUUGUUUCUUCCAUCUGUUGAUGAAGGACUGUUAGCAGUACCAUAAAUUCCCAAGCAGUGCUUAGAUGUCGGGGAGACAGGGUGGGUGGUAGUAGUGCAGUA